UUUAAUAAAAUAUGACUUGGGGAUUCGUAACUUGUGGUCCAAAUGAGGCUCUAGUAGUUUCAGGAUGCUGUUAUAUGAAACCAUUAUUAGUGCCUGGCGGUCGCGCUUUUGUAUGGCCAACAAUUCAACGUGUGCAGAGAAUAUCUCUGAACACUAUGACCCUACAAGUCGAAAGUCCUUGCGUUUAUACAAGCCAGGGUGUGCCAAUAUCCGUAACGGGUAUUGCUCAAGUGAAGGUUCAGGGUCAAAAUGAGGAUAUGCUGCUUACAGCGUGUGAACAAUUUUUGGGAAAAAAUGAAUCUGAAAUUCAGCAUAUUGCGCUCGUGACAUUGGAAGGUCACCAACGUGCUAUCAUGGGUUCAAUGACUGUCGAAGAAAUCUAUAAGGAUCGCAAGAAGUUCAGUAAACAAGUAUUUGAAGUUGCGUCAUCUGACUUGGCAAAUAUGGGCAUCACUGUAGUGUCAUACACUCUGAAAGAUAUUCGAGAUGAAGAAGGUGAUUCGAAGAGUUAUGAAUCAUUUCUCUGCGUUUUACAUGAUCAAUUAAUGAAAACGAUAUAA